ACCUCUUCUUCUUCAGCCCAGAUGGACGUGGCCCUCCCCGGCCCUCAGGCGCUCUCGGAGCCCCUGAGGAGGGGGACCCCGCUGCCCCUGAGCCAGCUGGUGGAGUCGAGCCGGAGCAGAGCCCACGUCCCCAAUCCUCUCCUGGAAUCAAAAAUCUAUGCCAAACUGAAAAGCAACAGCCUGGUCCAAGCUGAGCCUCCAGAGCUUCACUUCAGUGGCUUCGAGCUCGGGCAAGAUUACGUGAAGAUUCUGAAACUAAUCAACAUCUCUUCUGAAGUUCUGAAUAUUCACAUCAUCUCCACUCAAACCAGACACUUCCAGAGCACUUACACCAAAAAGUGUCGACUCGUCCCGGGUCUGGCCUACACGGUGAAGGUCGGGUUCCGUCCCGACGAGUGGCGUUACUUCUACGACUGCGUUCGGGUUCACUGUGAGGGGGAAGAGAACCUCUUAAUUCCAGUUCAUGCUUACCCCGUCAUCAACGACCUGCACAUCCCUCCGCAUAUCGACCUGCCAGCCGUACCACUUGGUCAAAGUGUCACCAGUGUGAUUCCCCUGAGGAGCGGCUGUCCCAUAGACUUUGAAUUCCAGGCGUUUGUUCUCCAGCCCCAUGAGGCCUUCUCUGUCCAUCCCCUCGCAGGCCUGAUACCAGCCAGUGGAGAGGUGAAGCUCACGGUGACCUUCAGUCCGCUCCGCUACGAGACCUCGCAGGUCACCGUCCAGCUGGUGGUCUCCCAGUUCAACAGCAGGCCGUUCCUCUGCACCAUCACUGGGAGCGCAGUCCCUCUCUCAGGCCUAAGUCGGCUGGAGAGGGAGUUGACUCACGGAGUCGAAGCGCCUCCAGAACUCAAAGGCCCGUCGCCUCCUGCCCUGCUGCCUCCUCGGAGUAAAACCAAGAGCAGGUCGACAAAGGAGGCCGACAAGUCAAAGUCGCUGAGAGAUCUGUCUGCAGUGAAACCCGCGGUGGUGGACGCCUCAACCCCGGCAGGCGUCGCUAAGAUGUUGAUCAAAAACACCAAUAAACUCAGCGCCAAGGCCCUGAAGGAAGCCAUGUCGUGUGGCAGCAUGGACGCUCUGCAGAGCCGGCAGAUGAAGGAGGCGCUCUUCGUGAAAAGGUUUCAGCAAAACGUGAAGGAGGAGCAGGCCAACCACUUCAGAUGGCAGGUUCACCUGGGCAGGGACCCCGUGUCAGGGCACAGCAGGAGACAGAGGCUGGAGGAGAGAGAGGCGGCGCUGCAGGAACACACUGUGAAAUGGAACGAUGGACGGCGAGAGGAGAAGUUCCGAGCUCAACAAACAGAACUUUCCUCGGCUCAUAUUCUGCAAGAAGCUGGACAGGUCCCAGUGGGAGCCCCAUCAUUCCAGGUGUCCUCUGGUUUCCAGUGGGAGCUGAGACAAAGAGCCCUCCGACCGUUCCAGGCGGCUGCACGCAAGGUCGGGUUCCGCUGCCGCAUGGACCGGAGACUGGCGUGUUUCAGGAAGCUGGCGAGCGCCACGAGGCUCCUGCCCGCGGCACAGAAAGAUGAGGAGAAGACGAGCGAGGUGAAGAUCUCACCAGACAGAGUCCUCCCCUUUGCCUUUCCCACUUUCUGUGAUGAAGAUGACCCUCUGGCUCACGGUAAUUUGGUCACGCUGCCGGCGGCUGCUGUUGAUGUGCCGGUGACAACACGUAUUCCUUUCUUCAAGCUUCAAGUUCCUCAGCACUAUAAGCUCAUGGGCUACCGGCCUGUCUCAUCCUGGGAGGCUUUCACCUCUUAUACACCCCCGACUUUGGCCAGACCACUUCGCACUGCACCUCCGGUAACUGUGACUUUUUAUUAUUGAAAAAUAUAAAUUCAUUUAAUUUACCACACACUGUUAAUGUGUCUCGUUGUGUCGUCCCAGGAGGAGAAGGAGGUGGAGGUUAUUGAAGAAAGUGAAGCCGCCUUCCUCAGCUUCACUGCUCCUGACCAUCUCCUCCGACCUCUUCCUGCAAACCCUCUCAGGAUCUUCAACCCAGCUCCGGGCCUGCAGGCUUACAAACCCACCCCCAAAUACCUGGAGAGUGAUCUGGAGUUCCACCUCUGCCCUCUGCCCAGGCUCACCGUCCCUGAGAGCAACACGAGUGGCACAGGAGCUCAAUCUCUGCACGAUCAGAAGGACUUACUGAACCACAAGGAAGUGAUUAAAGGGAUAAUGACGUGGAAGAAUUUUGAUCCAAUGGCCUUGAAGUUUCUGUCCGACUACCCCGCUCCCUCCAGCAGCCGCAGGCUCGUGGAUUACAACACAGACAUACUUCCACUCCUAGCGCCUCCUCUGCUCACGGCACUUCCUUACGAUCUGACAUCGCUAAUGGACAAACCGUGUGAAGACUCGGGAGUCCAGCUGACACCAGAGAUGAUCAGAGCGCAGUUCUUACCCGGAGACGCCCCUAUUGGGGGGGGAGCAGCAGCCAGGCACCGGAGGGAGCUGGAGACCGGGCGACCCGCAGGUGUGAGUUCCACCGGACGGGAGAGAGAGUAAUGAGCCGGCCGCAGCAACCCCUGGGUCACCGGCAGAGCUGCUCCAUCGCCGGGAGACGACUUUGUUGCUGCUCUGAACGUUGCACCUCUGGCAUCUGGCAUCUGGCCUCGUCCUCUCCCGACUCCUGAGAGCGUCCCCGCUCGGCAGCAGCUGCCAGAAGAUCGGUGCUGAUUCUGCCUCAGGUUUGUACUUUUUUUUG